AUGAAAUCGAAAUUGUGGAAAAAAGAAUUGUGCGGUAUUUUGUGGUUGUUGGCGUUGGCUGUCGGACAAGCUGAUCGGGUUUCAUUAAUAAAAUGUGCCGAAUUCGCGGCAUGUGUAGAAAAUGUAAAUCAGGAAACACUGAUGGUGAUAGAGGAGCAUAUGUACAAUAAUACCGAUCCAUGUGAGGAUUUUUGGGACUACGCAUGUGGAUCAUGGUCUGAGGGUCCCUAUUACGAUCAUCAGGAUACAAUUGGAGCUAUGACAAAUUUCUAUGCCGAUCAGCUGAUAGAUCUUGUGGAGGCAUUGGAAAUAUCGAAGGAAGAAUUUCCCGAUGUUUCGCGAAUGAUCACAAAAAUAUGGCAAUAUUAUGAGUCGUGUCGUGGCAGUGGUGAUUACUUUCUGAAAAUGUCCAAGUAUUUAAAGGAGCUCAGAAUGGAAAAGAUUUUGGGCGAUGAAUGGAGAGAAUUUUUUUCAAGUGGCAAUGAAGUGAUGGAGACGGAUUUUGAGUGGCUGAAAUCCUUGGCCUAUUUGAGAACAUUGGGUUUGAAUGGUUUGUUUUUUAAAGAAUCCGCAAAUUUUGCAGCCACUAAUUCCAGCCACCAGGUGGUGGAGCUGAAAAUUCCUAAGGCGGAGAGGCAAUUUUCGAAUAAAUAUCAAAUUUAUGAACUGUUUGAAGAAUUUGAAUUCAACACAAUAUUUUCGAAGCAGAAAUUGUGGAAAUUAACGGAGGCGGUUUAUGGCUUGCAGAGGGAACUGGUCCAACUCUAUAGAAAUUAUGAAGGAUUCACCGACGAAAUGCAAUCUAUGACGUUGCAGCAACUGAAGAAAAUGGAGAGGUCCUUAAAUUGGCAGUUGUAUUUUGAAAAACUAGUCGGAAGGCCUCUCGAACCCAAAAGCCUAUUUCUAGAAGUACCUGAAAAUUUAGAGUAUUUUCAAGAUUUACAAAAUUUGCUUAAACAACAGGAUCCCCACACAAUUGGUUGGUAUAUCCUGGCGAAUUUCCUGCAACACUUGAAUCAAAUAAAGCCGUUAAUAAAUUCCAGAAAUUGCCUCCUGCACACCAAUGUCAUGUUCCCUCUGGGUGUGAAUUAUUUGUAUACCCAUUUCCUUUACAAAAAUCGGCAAAAGGAUGAAAAGGUCCUUAGCGGAAUUUUAAAACAAUUGAAGCAGCAAUUCUCUCUCUAUCUGCAGGAGAAUAAAUUUCAACUUUCUGCCGAAGAGAUAAAAUAUCUGCAAAGAAAAUUAUCUGCAAUUCAGCUAAAAAUUGGAAAUCUACCCUCCAUUAUACCCGAUCUCAAUGACUAUUAUUCCGACUUGGAUCUCUCGGAGAGAAAUUUUUACGCCAAUCAUUUACAGCUGCUUCAAUUUCGUUUCCAACAGCAACACAAAGCAGUAUUCCAAACGGGCAUAUCUACCCUGGAACCUGACACCUAUUAUGUCUACGAUGACAUUGCCACUCUACGUAAUGCUCCGUAUUUUAAUCAUCCACGCAAUGAGCUUCUCAUACCUAUGGUCUUUCUACAGCUGCCCUUCUAUCAUCAUCGACAACACCCAUUACUACAAUAUUCCAUUACCGGCUGGAUUAUGGCCCAUGAAUUGUCGCAUGCCUUCGAUCCUUUAGGCCUACAAUUCGAUCACAAUGGCCAUCGUAACCCCUUGGGUCAAGAGAUUGCCCUAAAUCCCUCUUUCAUCGACAGUCUGGAUUGCCUCACGGAGAGUUCUGACACCAUAUCACUCAAUGAACGCAUGGCCGAUGUUAAUGGUCUGCAAUUGAUUUGGGAUAUUUAUUCACCGAAAAUCGGAAAUAAGGAAACUGGAACGAAGAAAUUUUCGCAACAACAAUUAUUUUUUAUAAAUUUUGCCCAAUUCUUUUGUGGUUCCUUGCCUCCCACACAUGCUCAUGACAUGGAUAAUGUGAGG